AUGAGCUCUCUCUCGAAAGACAGUAGUAUCUUGAUUGUGGGAGGCGGUACAUGGGGCUGUUCCACAGCACUCCACCUCGCUCGUCGCGGCUACAAAAACGUAACAGUAUUGGAGGCCCAUCCUAUCCCUUCGCCAAUCUCAGCAGGCAACGAUGUCAACAAAAUCAUGGAAGAAGGAGAACCUUCAGAAACCGAUACCGAAGAACAGUACGUCUGGAAUCGUAUGCACCAACUCACGACAAAAUACUGGAAGGAGGACGACGUAUUCAAGUCAUUUUAUCAUCCCACUGGCAUAAUCUUUAGUGCUAUCUCGGAUGAUGUUUAUGAACAUGUCAAGGGGUAUACGAGAGGAACAGAGAGCGAGUGGGUAUCCCUGGACUCGCCUGAAGAUUUCAAGAAGACUAUGCCAGAAGGCGUGUUGCAAGGCGAUUUCCCAGGCUGGAGAGGAUUCCACAAGGACCACGGUGCUGGCUGGGUGUUUGCUCGUGGUGCCAUGGUUUCUGCGUACGAAGAAGCCUUGAGAUUAGGUGUCAGGUUCAUCACUGGUGACUCAGCAGGAAAGGUGACAUCACUCCUAUACUCGGACUCGAAGGACACCAUCAUAGGUGCACAAACAGCAGACAGUGCCUCUCAUCACGCCGACCAGACCAUUCUAUGCGCAGGAGCAAAUGGCGACCUUCUCUUCGAUUUCGAGCAGCAACUCCGACCCACAGCAUGGACACUUGCUCACAUACCCCUGUCCGUCGAAGAAGCAGCACUCUUCAAGAACCUACCAGUCUUGUACAACCCUGAACGUGGCUUCUUCGUCGAGCCAGAUGCCGAAAAGCGAGAACUCAAGUUCUGCGAUGAGCAUCCCGGAUACAUCAACAUGGUUGGCACAGCUGCUCCAGGUUACAGCGAAGGCACCAUGCACUCACAACCCUUUGCCCGCCAUCAGAUCCCAGUAGAAAGCGAGACGCGCAUGCGCAAGUUCUUGCAGGAAGCAAUGCCUCAAAUCGCGGAUCGCGACUUUAGUUUUGCGAGAAUCUGCUGGGAUGCGGAUACUGUGGAUCGUCAGUUCUUGAUUGACAGACCCAAGGGCAAAGGCGGAUUGGUGGUUGCGGCCGGAGGAUCGGGUAUGGGUUUUAUGAUGAUGCCGGUCGUAGGACAGUUGAUUGUGGAUCGUAUGGAAGGAGUGAUGGAGGAGAGAUUGCAGAAAGGCUUGAGAUGGCGACCUGAGCAGGCUAUUGACAGAGACUGGCAAGCCAUUCAAGAUAGACAUGGUGGUGAAGGCAAGAUCAUGGACUUCCACAAUGUCAAAGAAUGGACAAGCGGCAAGGGCGACAGAGUACCGAAUGAGGAACUUGCUAAGGACUCCAAGUCGUGCAAUGCCAUGUGA